AAGAAAGAAAAAAAAAUGCGAAAAAAAUCUAUUUUAAAUAUUGUAUAUGUUUAAUGUGUCGGAAUUUAAAAAAAAAUAUGUACGAGAGACAAUUUAUAGUAUAUGCUGCAUUGAUUUAAAUCUAAACGAUGUGGCAUGCCGCAUCCAUGAUGCGUCAAGCGAGAAAAACUUAAAUAGUAAUUAAGUUAAAUUUAUUUACUAACGCUUACGGUUUAAGCGUUUAAAUUGCUGGAUCUAUAUUAAAAGAAUAAAACGAAACAAAACAAAACAAAACAAAAAAGCAAGCAAACAUAUAUGUAUGUAUAAUGGCGCGGAAUUAUAAGUAAAACAAAAGUAUAAAUGCCCCCAACCCUGUCCCCCUCCCCCCACCCAAAACAACAAAUGAGAAAAACAAAAAAAUGGCAAAAACGUAACCCAGAAAAAAAAUCAAAAAAAAAAAAACGAAAUGAAUACAAAACAAACCGAUUGAAUAUGGAAAUAUGUUUAAAUAAGUAUUUUAGUGUUAAUUAUACAAUUUACAAGUACACAACACAAACAAAACAACAACAACAAUAUAAUAUAAAAUGAAAUAAAGUUUUAAAACAAUAUUUGUAAAAAGUAAAAAAAAAGAUCUAAUGUGGUUUUAAUUUGUUUUCGAAUUGGAAAGCAAUCAGAUCAAUAGAUAUAAGAAAAAAGAACCCAGACUCUGUCCGUCUGCAACUGUUUUCUCCAAAUAAUAAUGGGCUUUGGAAUGGUACUAUUUAUGGCAUUUUCCACUCUUGUAGAUAAUGGUUUUGUUCAUUGCAAUCACAGCUGGAAAUCUGGCGGGGCCGAUCUCUUGGAAAAGUUGUCUGUUUUUGUUAUAAUUGAACAAUUUGGCAGCAAAGUGCGUGCGGCAUGUUAUCAGGCCCGUGUCUCGGUAACCACAGACAGACAGAGCCAAUUGGCCCGGCACACGAACGUGGCUAAUGAAUGGACAGUGCAGUUUAGUGUCGGAGGAGAGUCGGGUGGCCAGUCGAGGAAUACAUUGGGUUGUCGGGGCAACCGGCCCGCUCGAUGGGGGCCCAUACAAAUUGAGCAGUUAAUUACACUUUCAGCGGACAGUGGUCAGUAGUGAUAGGAGCGUUGCGGCUAAUGCUGCACAAGGCAAAAAAUCGAUAAAGCAGCGGCCAGGGAAGGCAAGGGAAAAUGCAUGUCCAUCAAAUUGCACUGAAGAAAUCAGGCCUUGCAAGUUGCAAAUACUCGCAUUAAUGCAACAAAGUGGCGUCGUCCUGUUUCCACACUUGCAUGGGACUGGUGCGCACUGCUGUUGGCGCCGCAGGGGACAGACAGCCGCCGGCGGAGACUGUAGCCUCGGUGAACCAUUGCCCUACCUAUCGACAGAUUGCUGGUGCCACAACUGGAGCCGGUUCGGCGCCGGCCAAGCGAGUUCCCAUUCUGUUCUCCACCAAUCGUGGACUCUAUCUGCGUGUCGCCCAACCUGUUGGGGAUCAGGAGGUGCUGACACUGCAGCCACGGGGGCAGAACUACAACAUCAGUUUCUGUGACCUAGAACGCUGGAGCACCAAUCGCGCUAAUGUUGUUAGCCUCGAGGACACCUUCACCAUCACCCAUCAGCGAAAUAUGACACCGGAGGUGCACUUGUAUCAGCCGAGGCUAUGGAACAAUCACGUCAGCUACAGCCUGAUGCACUGAUCCCCACGGAUUCAUCUCUCUGAAUAUAACUAUAUACAUAUUUAUUUAACAAAUGAAGUCUAA